ACCUUUUGGAUCCACCUUCAAAUCUGAGUUCAGGUGCCCGUUCCUCCACCCCUCCCACACCGGCUGCAGGCCCCGCGUUCUUAGAUCUUCAGUCUUCUGUGAGGGAACUUGAAGAUGCUUAAAGAGCGUCCAGGGAUGGCAGAAGAUCCUCAACAGCAGUUGGGUGUUCCUGUGGUAAAACUGGAGAAAGAGUUGCCCUGGGGCAAGGGAAGGGAGGACCAUAGCCCUGAGUCUUUUCGUCUGAGGUUUCGGCAGUUCCGCUACCAGGAGGCAGCUGGUCCACAUGAAGCCCUCAGGGAACUCCAGGAGCUCUGUCGCCAAUGGCUGAGGCCUGAGCUGCACACUAAGGAGCAGAUCCUGGAGCUGCUGGUCCUGGAGCAGUUCCUGACCAUCCUACCCCGGGAGUUCUAUGCUUGGAUUCGAGAGCAUGGCCUGGAAAGUGGCAAGGCCCUGGUCGCCAUGGUGGAGGACUUCACAGAGAGAGCAUUGGAGGCCAAGGCGGUUCCAUGCCACUUGCAGGGCGACCAGGAGGAAGUAACACUUUGCAGAACCCCUUGGGAACCAAGUGGCCAUCUGGGGCCAGUGGAGGUCAAGCCUGAAUGGGGGAUGCCUCACGGAGAAGGAGUUCAAGGCCUAGACCAAGGCACUGAGGAGCAACUCAGUCAAGACCCUGGAGAUGGGACGCAGGCCUUCCCGGAGCAGGCUCUGCCUAUUCUUCAAGCUGGUCCUGGACUCCCUGCAGUGAACACCAGAGACCAAGAGAUGGCAGCUGGGUUCCUCACAACUGGAUCCCAGGCAUUGGGACCGUUUAAAGAUAUGGCCUUGGCCUUCCCCGAGGAGGAGUGGAGACAUGUGACCCCAACCCAGAUAGACUGCUUUGGGGAAUAUGUGGAAGCACAGGACUGUGGGAUCGCACAUCCAGGAAUUGGGAACAAGGAAAAGGAGGCAAAAACCCAGCCGGCAGAUCUCAAAGGGGCGCUUGUUCAAAUGACAUCAGAGAGAUUUGGGGAAGGUGCCCUCCAGAGCCCUGCACUGGGAAGAACCUGUGAGCCGGAGCCGGGUGGCUCUGUGGGAAACACGCCAGGGCUGCCUCCUCCACAGCAGGGUGUCAUACCCUUGCCUGAUGACCUCAAGACCCAUGGCUCCUUCUGGAAGCCUUUUCAGUGCCCUGAGUGCGGAAAAGGCUUCAGUAGGAGCUCAAAUCUCGUCAGACACCAGCGAACCCAUGAAGAGGAGAAAUCCUACGGCUGCGUCGAGUGUGGGAAAGGGUUCACUUUGCGAGAGUACCUUAUGAAGCACCAGAGAACCCACCUGGGAAAGAGACCCUAUGUGUGCAGCGAGUGCUGGAAGACCUUCAGUCAGCGGCACCACCUUGAGGUGCACCAGAGGAGUCAUACUGGGGAGAAGCCCUACAAGUGCGCUGACUGCUGGAAAAGCUUCAGCCGAAGACAGCACCUGCAGGUGCACCGGAGGACGCACACUGGGGAGAAGCCCUACACCUGCGAGUGCGGCAAGAGCUUCAGCAGGAAUGCCAACCUGGCUGUGCAUCGGCGGGCACACACAGGGGAGAAGCCUUAUGGUUGCCAGGUGUGCGGGAAACGGUUCAGUAAAGGGGAGCGGCUGGUCAGACACCAGAGGAUUCACACUGGGGAGAAGCCUUACCACUGCCCAGCCUGUGGGAGGAGCUUCAACCAGAGGUCCAUCCUCAAUCGGCACCAGAAAACUCAGCAUCGCCAGGAGGCCCCAGUGCAGUAAGGGUGCUCUGUGGAAACACCUGUUUUUACUAAUAGAAGGUGCUGGAGGAGGGGGGACCAUCAAGUAGAUGGAGAGAGCUCAAGGGAGAUGUCAUUCAUCUGGAUUCCCUGAGGGCUUUGGGGCCUGGGGAAGUUGAGGCAUGAAGAGGUACAGAAAGGCACCCUAAUCUACUGCCAUUCAUUCUCAAACAGGAGAAGGGCAAGACCUGGCUGAGUUUCUGGAGAGCUCAGCUUCCUCUCUCUCUUACCCAAGUGGUGCUGACAGUUUCUCUUACCAUCUUUUGGGGGAAAGAUACCCUGUUUCAGUUCAGGUCAAGGUAUUUCUCCUUCAGUGGCAUGUUCAUACCCACCUCCAGAGUCUGAUAGUCAAGGCCAAAUUUUGUUCCAUGUUGGCAGUUUGGACCUCAUUUUCCCAAGGGCUGUUCUGGAGGGCUGUUAACUCUCACUAACCCCCACUUCCAGUUGACAAGUGUUGAACACCUGGAAGUACCGUGAGUGAGAUGGCUGAGACCUCAUUCCCCCAGGGCCUGGGAAUUAGCACAGAACCUGCACAGAACCGUUGAUAACCGUGUGUUCUCAGUUACGUUUGUGGUAAGUGCUGUGCAGGGGAAUGUUCUUGUGCUCAGUUGUUGCCCUGCCUGCUUGGGUGCUGGAUCAGCUCCUUUCUCAAUUGGUUGGGAUCUUUCGGGCAGCCUUGUUCUAUUUGUAGCCCUCCUUUUUCUCUGUAAUGUUUACCCUCAUCUGUAAAGUUUCCCCAUUCCAUUUUUCUCUGUACCGUAACAACUGUUUAGACCUCUGUUAGGAAAUUAAUAUUUUGCUAUUGAUCACUGAAUAAACGAGAGUAUUUUAAAAAAUAUUCAAUUCUGUAUAAAGUUUAAUUCAACGAGUCUGAAAGAUGAACUAAUAUUAAUACCCUAUGUUGAUGGCACUUUACAGUAUUAUGCUUUUCUCUGUUUUCUCACUUGAUUCAUCCCACAAAUAUUUAAAAGACCCAGGCAUGUGUCAUGUGCUCUUCCAGACCCUCUCGCUGCAUCUCUGAAUAAGAUAGAGGGGAAGUUUCUGCCGUUCUGGAGUUUCCAUUUCAUUGAAUGUAUUUGCUCUUCAGAACCACCUGAGAUGGAACUGUGGAUGCUUCCAUGAGCCCUCUGGACCUGGAAUCUGAGCCUUGUCCUUGCUCCUGUCAACUUUCUGCCCUAAAAGGCAUUUGCCACCUACCUCUUGUUACUUAAUAGUGGCUGUCUUCCGUGCUCGAGAUCCCUGUCAUCUGAGAGGGGGUGGGGUCCUAGAUGUUAGCCGGAGAUGAUGCGCUAGGAGCAUCCUAUUUUGCAUGCGUGUCCAUUCAGAAAAAAUAACCACGUUUGUAGGCAUUUUAAAUACAUUUCUCUAAAAAUGAGAAGAUACAAUAUUUGUAACUGUGUUCAAGCUUAUAUUACUUUACCGUUACUAAAAGGUUUCUUUUCUGUUUAAAAUUUUGGAAACUGCUUAACUAGAAUGGACUUUACUGCAGUGUUGCCUUUGAAUGUUAGCUGCUGAGUAGCUUGUCUUUUUGUGGACAGUAUUAUAAUUGCAAGAUGUGAUUGUCUUGUGGCGCCUCUUAAUACUGCUUUAGUGGGAUUUUUGUUUCCAUUUUCCUGUGUAAAUAACAUAAAUGGUAAUGAUUCUAACCGGAGAGUUGCAUUCCUUAGUCAACUUUGAAACACAAUUUAUCACCCAUUUCUUGGCAGAAAACAAUGGUGUUUAAUUUUGAAUUAGCAAAUGACCUCCUGGUCCUCAUGCCCCCUCAGCUGUCCCUACAAGGCUGCACUAACCAGGGCUGCACCUUCUCAGUCAUGUGAAAUUCUGAUGCAAAUCAGUUCUUUUUUUCCUAUGCUUCCCAGACCAGCCAGGAAAGUCCUAGAACCUCCUGAUAGCCAAACCUAGUGGGAAGCUUUUCUUUGGCUUCUGCUUUCUGGUCUGUAGGAUGCAGAGGCUGCCUUGGCCAGAGUUCGCCCUUCUCUGGGAGUUCCAGGGCAAGGCAGGGAGCAUGGGACCACUAAGGGACGGGAGUCUCUCAUUGGUAGU